ACAACAUAUCCCUCCCCUUGAUAUAUAUAAGAAGUUUCCUAGGAGCCUUGUGGUAAUAUUGCUCUGUUUCAGGCCAAAGCUUUCCGCUGCAGGAACAAAACCAAGAAUUGGUUCUGAUGAUAGAGGCAAUGCAAUAUUAGGUUUAAUGCAAAACUUGUCUGUUGAAGGAUUGGGUCCACAAUGGAUAAGGCCUGCACCACCGAUGCUCCCAGUGUUAGAUGGAGAACUUAUAUGGCUCAAUCCUGACAGCAAUCAUGAGCUUUUGUGGGAUUAUGGCAUGUGUGCUGACACCAGUCGAGGGGCUGUAGUAAGAGAUUUGAUUGCUAAAGCAUUAAAAGGCCCACUUGCACCUGCCCAACAAGAGCAAUUUGUGUUAGAACUUGCAAAGGAUGUGAAACUCGUCUAUCAUUGUGGACUUACUCCUUCAAAGCUACCGGAUCUUGUUGAGCACAACCCACUUAUAGCUGUUGAAGUUCUUUCAAAGUUGAUGAAUUCUCCUGAAAUUUCAGAGUAUUUCAUUGUUCUUGUGAAUAUGGAAAUGAGUCUAUACUCAAUGGAAGUAGUCAACAGACUGACAACUACAGUUAAUCUACCAACUGAGUUUGUACACAUGUACAUCACUAACUGUAUAGCAUCAUGUGAAAACAUAAAGGACAAGUACAUGAAAAACAGACGGGUGAGGUUGGUUUGUGUCUUUCUGCAAAGUUUUAUCAGAAACAAGAUAAUCAACGUUCGUGAUCUCUUCAUAGAAGUCCAGGCCUUCUGCAUUGAGUUCUCGCGCAUCAGGGAGGUUGCUGGCCUGUUCAGACUUCUCAAGACUUUGGAGUGAUCAUACAAAUUCAAAUGUUGCUUUCUCCCCAUUUUGUACAUCCUGCCCAACACAUUCUUGCCGAGUGUUUUGUGUUUUCUUCUUUCG